CUUAGUAACAUCCCAUGAGAUAUAAAUACAAACCAGAUAUAUUGGUAAAUAAAAAACAAGGUUCAAUACCAAUGGGUCUACAUAGACAGCACUAAAACAAACGCUUCAUCCAAAAGCAUCAAUGUAUUGUGUAAAAGCCAUAAAAUCGCCAGACCAGCGAACCCAAGAAAAGGCAGGAAGCAACCUAUUUAAACUAAGGCGGCAAUUUUAGUUUGUAACUAUAAUCUUGGUAGUCAGACCUCUGAUUUGAUGUGGAGUGUCCUUUGUAAGGAACAUUAUAAAAAUGAUAAAAAUGUGCAAAACUACGUGUCCGAGAUUCCCAAUAGUGAGAAAGUGUUGUUUUUGCGUGCCCAUUAGAAAAGGAGUUACUAUAUUUGGAUAUGUUAAUUUAAUACUAUCACUCCUGUCGUUCCCGCUGCUCGUGUUCCUGCUGGUGGAGCAGAUGACCACGGGCAAGGCUGUAGAGCACACGGAGGACAUGGACCCCCUGGUGCACCUGCCGCUGACCAUCGCCUUCGUGCUGGUUGACGUCCUCAUGACGAUUAUACUGCUUAUUGGAGCUCAUCGGAAACAACAAAUCCUGCUGAAGAUAUACUUCUUCUUCGGCGUGGGAUUCCAGCUAAUCACGUUGUGCGUGGACCUCUUUUACUUCGACUACAGAGAAUACAUCGAGAACACAUUUUACUUCUUUUUCUUAGGUUUGAAUGUAUACCUCCUAUUCCUGGUAUUCAACACAAUCCACCUGAUCGAGGAGACCAAUGAAGUCCAAUACAUCGCCUACCGGGAUACGCAGACGGGACCAUGAAACCAGCAGCCUACUGUCUACCUCUGGCAUUUACGAGUACACUUAUAUUCAAUCUUAGAAGCACCACGGCCAUAUUGACUUUGCUCUGUGGGUUCUAUGCUGACGUCAUUUCUCUUUAGAAACAGCUUAUAUCUACUUAAGAAAAAAACACAAGCCUUUCAAUAAACUUUAUACAUUGUAUACUCCCUAUUAACCGUUGCGUUGUACCCAGAAGCCUGAUAUUUGAGCAAAAAAGUCAUCAGGU